CAGCGUCGCGUCUGUCUGUGUGACAAAGUCACCUGAGUAUCCUUUUGUUUGGUUCCACCUGCAAUGGGUCUGCUCGGCCGCCUUCACUGACACAGGUGGGUUCCCAGCCUCUGUGGUCCCCACCUGCCCGUCAGCUGACUUCCCAAAAGCCUUUAACAUGCUGCGAGAGGGCUCCAAGGCGUGGAGCAACGGCUCAGAGGCCUACAGCAGCGACCCCGAGGAGGAUGAGGAGGAGGAAGAGGACAUGGUGUUUGGAGAGACUGAUCAGGACGGCAUGGCGGAGGAGAUGAUGGAUCUAAGCGACCUCCCCACGGCGCUCUUUGCAUGCAGCGUCCAUGAUGCAGUGUUCGAGGAGGACGCACACAGGGAGAGGUUUGAGGCAUUGUUUAGGAUCUACGAUGAACAGACGACUUUCCAGAUGUUUAAAAGCUUUCGGAGAGUCCGGAUCAACUUCAGCACCCCAGAGGCCGCUGCCCGCGCUCGCAUCGAGCUGCACGAGUCCGAGUUCAACGGCAAGAAGCUCAAACUCUACUUCGCCCAAGUCCAGAAUGGCGACGAGGACAUUGACAAGUCGUACCUGGCCCCUCCACAGCCCGUCAAACAGUUUCUGAUCUCGCCGCCUGCCUCGCCACCUGUGGGCUGGAGCGCCAGUGAGGACGCCACGCCCGUCAUCAACUACGACCUGCUGUGUGCAGUAGCCAAGCUAGGACCUGGUGAAAAGUAUGAGCUCCACGCGGGGACAGAGUCCACCCCCAGCGUGGUCGUCCACGUGUGCGAGAGUGAGACGGAGGAGGACGAGGCGGCGCGGCCGAAGCAGCAGAUCGUCCAGACCAGACGUCCGGAGGAACCCCCCAAAGUCCUCAACUAGAGAGGCCUCCCCCUCAUCACCGGCGCGGCGUCCGACCGCACCUUAAACCCGCAACACACCUGCCCUCUCUCUCUCUCGUCUCUGCACUCACAGAGAGCGUCGAUGCCCCUCAUUUCAGUUCAACUACAAGCAAAAACAAACCAACAAACAUUGCUCGAAGACGGUGUUUGUGGGGAGCGUGGCGAUGGAAUGAGGCGGCUUGAAGGGGAUGGAUGAGAAUCACACACACACUCAUCACAUUCUGCGGACAGCGUGGGGAGCGGCGGGCACGCUUGCCUCCACCCCACCGACCCCCCCCUUGUUUUCAGCAAAAGGGGUGGAAAUACCUGUCCCAACGCAGGCACCUGUCACUUAUCACACACACACUCAGCUCUCAUUGCUAGUCCUGCCCAGUAGCUUGCUAGUUAGUUAGCUUGUUAGCUUGUACCUCUCCCUUUGUCUCACAGUCGUGUGUACAAUAAUCUUUGGUUAAACAAAGACAUUUAUAAUUCUUCUUUUUUUUUUUAUUACAAUAAAUUGUGUUUUCAGAUUACAUACAUAUACAUGUAUGUAUACAUAUACUUUUUCAUCCAUUUUCAUAUCAGCUGGUUUGUCGCUUCAGCUUGUAUCAAGAUUGAGUGUGUGAUGUUCCUGCUCUUGUCUGCAUGUAUAUAUUGUAUUACUAAAAAAUACGUACAGAAACACAAAUACUAACAAGAUAUAUCAAGAAAAAGGAACUUAUUAAACAUCACACACAGCACGAAGCGUCAUAUGUGACUAACAAAGUUGUGGUGACUGUUUGAGUUGUUUUUUUUGCUCGUUUUGGCUUUCUGUCUUUUUUUUUUAUUUGGAGAGGUGUUGUUUUUCGCUGAACUACUAGAUGUGUAUUCUUACAAUGUAUUUGAUACCCCAACACUUUUUGCAUGCUUAAUUACUUCUGUAGAUGAUGAGCUGAGGUGUUUUUUUAAUUGUUGUUUGUGAUGACAGGGAAACAGUGUGACGCUUUUUGACGCAAGUGCAUAUCCCCGCGAAGAUGUGACGUCUUAGGGGGAAAAAGAGCGAAAUGUUUUUUGUAAGAUUGACAGUUCAGUCUUCAACUUGAUGGCAAAUUUGCUUUUGUCGCUGUUGUUGAGACCUGAUGAAUCAGAGACAGUUCAUCCCCCUCAUUUUCUUCAAGGGGUUUGGGAUGUGGAUUUUUUUUUUCUGAUUCUGCGUGUUGUUAUUCACAUCUCUAUUGUUUUGGUUAUGUUGUUUGAUCAUCUUUCUAUGUGUCAGGCUUUCUUCUGAAACCUACUACUGCUUGUUUUGCACUGAGUAUCUUUUGAUAGCUCCAAGCAGUUGCGGAUGCUCUUGUCCGCCUCCUGCUGCGCACCAGAAUACUGCGCAGCUUCUCGCUGUAAAUCGCUGGGCAGUAGUCUGCGGAAGUAGUCCUAUUAGAUUUUGUAGUUUAUCUAAAAGUAUUUUGCUGAGAAAAGGGAAAAUUAGGUAGCCUCAUGAGAUAUCAACCAAAGCAUUCACUCAACCCAUAUUGUCAUGACAACAUUAAAUGAUUUUUCUCACUCCGAGACACUGAUGUAUUGUUUGAGUGAGCAGAAAGAAAUCAGAUUUUCCCAACUUUUUAUUGCAUUAUUUUUAUUUUAUAUUAGCAGAUAUUCUUUUUUGCAGAAUCUAGAAAACUUGGAAAGUUGAACAAAUCUUCAUUAAAAAUCAUAAACCUUAAAUAUUUUUCCUUUUUCUUUUGGAUUAUUCUCCUCACAGUCCCGUAUCAUAUCACUGCUUCAUCUCCUCCUUUAUUUGUAAAAUAGUUCAGCGCUUUAGAAGCAACAUGAACAAAUGUUCCUAACAGGGCUUUUGGGUGUCAGUGGUGAGUCUAAACCUUAUUUGUCAUUGGCAGCAUGAAUUCAAAAUCUACGUUUUUGCUAUAUAACAAUAUUGGUAAGCAAAAGUCCGUCUGCAUGUGAGCACUUUAUUGUGUUUUGUUUGUUUCCUUCACAUAAAAUGGUCCUUCUUGAGACAAAGUAGGAAGCACAUUGCAUUUCCUCUGUUUCUGUAUUGUGUUUUUUCUUCUUCUUUUAUCUCAAGCUGAACACCUGGUUAGCCUUUUCACCAGCAUAUUGCAGUGAGUGAAACACUCCACUUCCUUUUUGCUAGUGUGAACCUUUGAGAAUUUCAGGCCUUUUUGGGAUCUAUGGGAGUGUACCACUGUUAAGGUGUAGACAUGUAGUACAGUUAUAGGUUUUAAAUGAGGCAGGAGGACACUGCAGAGUAAAAUCAAUGUCUUUAUGUUUGUGUUUGUAUGCAAGAAACAUUCAUCUUAUCUGCUGAGAAAGUUAAACAGUUUUUCUUUAAAUGUUGGCAGAGUGCAGUUUUAUUGGCACCACAUUAAAGCUGUCGCCGUUAUCUAAGCAGACCGAAGAUUGAUGGAACUACUGAGGUGCGUUACGAUAAAGAGGAAGCAGCGGAGCAGAAGGAAGACACUCGUGAAGAUUUUUUUUUACUCUCUGUGGUCAUGGUGUUUAAAACCGGGUGCACUUUGGUCACAGUUGAAAUGAAAAUGUAUAUUUAUGUACAUAUGCCAAGUGUUUUUGUUUUUUGUUUGUUGCUGAGGCCAGUCCCAGUGUGCAGUUGUUACAGCUUCUCUUGGCAAUGUUGUAAUGGGGGAAAAAAAUACAGAAAUAUGUAACAAUAUGUCCUGAAGAUGCUCGAUCAAAAAUCAACUGUCAUUGUGUUGUGCUCAACAUGGACUCUGUUUGAAUGUUUCUUUUAUUUCUGGGGAAUGUCUACUAAAAAGGUCAAUAAUACCGUUUGUCACUGUUGUACCGUUUCUGUUGAAAUAUGAAUAUUGUGUCUUGUAUUGUAGGAAUCCAGAAAACAAAGUAGCAAAACAAGCAAUAAUUUACAGUUCUAUAAUACCGGUAUGUGUAUUUUCAUGUUCUGUACUUAUUUCUCAGAGAUGGUCUCUGUCUCUUACAGUAUCCGCUUCUAUUUGUGUAGUAUAUUGGCCAUUUGUUUCACA